UAAACUUAAAAUCCCAAAGUCUCUCCCACUUUGCGAUCUGGGAGUUCAUAGUGCAAAACUACGAAACCGCUUCCUGAGCUUUCAAUCUUCUCUAUUCUCUUGUCACUCACUCGGAUUUGGAUUGCAUGUAGUCAAAACUGUAUGCAGUCAGGAGAGACGAUUAAGAUCACUGCUUUAAAUCUGGACCGACUGCAUGCAGUUUUGACUGACUGAAACUGCAUGCAGUUUUGACUGAAAUUGCAUGCAAUCCAAAUCCCACUCACUCUCUAUUCCCAUUCUAUGGAUUAUAUAUUUUGAGCUUAAGUUUUAGAGUUACUUUAAUGUUGUGAUUUAUAGGUGGGUUAUUUUGUUCAUGUAUUAUAAUUUUUAUGUGUUUAUCUGUAUUUAUAUCUAUAUGUAUCUUUUUUUUUUUGAACAAGCCAAAAUGAUAUAUAUAUAAGAAAGACUAAGUAAGGUUACAAAAGAGUCAAAAUACAAGAACCAAAAGAAAUUAUACAAAGCCUAAACAAAGCAUAGGACUAGACCACUAUAUCCAUAUGUAUCUUGUGUUUAACUAUAUUGUUCACAGGCAGUGGCGGAUAUGCCACCCGGCAUGCCCUGGCACGUGCCCGGGCUGCCCCACCCCAAAUUAUUAUUAUUAUUUUUUAUUUAAAAAAUUAAUAAAAGAAACAAGAGGAAAAGAAGUACAGUAACGCGUUUCUCCUUCUCUCUGUUUCCUUCAUUCGUUUCGCGAUCGACCACCGCACCGCAGCACCACUCUCAAAUCCGGUCUCAAAUCUCUCUAUUUCUCAUUCUCUCAGUCUCAGGCCGCUCUCCGCCGCCGCUCUCCGCCGCCGCUCUCAGCCUCUCUCUCGCAGUCGCAGCGCACACAGCCAAAAAAAUAUUGCGGUUAAAAUUGUGCACAGGCUCCAAUAUAAUCCUGGCUCCGCCACUGUUCACAGGGCCGUUUCACCUUCAUAGUUUGUAUAUGGACCUUCAUAGUUACCCGAAGCUACUGAGGCAGGAAAUAAUUCAAGUCCUUCACAAAUUUGAAAUCGCAUUUGUUGACGAGAAUGACAUUACAAACCCCAAACCUGAUGUUGUUUUGGAUCUCUACACUCGCAUUCUCAACCAUCUACUAGAUUUUCUGGAGGAAGACAAUGACCAGCUUGACCAGCUUGAGUUUGAAUCCCUAGCGCGUCUUGAGAAUCCUGAUCGUUUCGUUCAAUCAUUUCGCUUUACCAAGCUGUACAACAAGAUCAAGAAAAUGAUUAAUGCUUUAAAGUGUCCAAAGGAAUACACAUUCAACUUAGCCGAUCUUGUCAAGCCUGAUGCUGAUCGAACCGAGUUCUUCCUCAGCGCUCUUCUCAAUUUCUGUCUCGACAGGUAUGCGAGAAUGGAUGCCAUAUCACCACUUGUUGUCGAAUUGAACGAUUUGGAACAACAGAUAAUGGACAUUGAAAAAACUAAGAUAGCGGAGUUGAAAUCGGCGAUUGCUGAAUGCAAAGAAGCCAGAGAAAGGGAGAUGCCUUGUGUUCAGGAAGUGGAUGCAAAAGUGAAAGAGUUGCGUCAAACUAUUGCAAACCUGAACAACAAACAGAUGUCGUUGAGGACUACUUUAAAGAAGUUGAAGGAGAAAACUGUGGAAAUGGAUGAUAAGAUUUCUAGUGCUGAAUUUAGACUGGUACAAAAUGUUCAAGAGAAUGGAAAUCUACGUUCAAAAAUUGUCCAGUCACCUGAUAAAAUACAGAGGGCUUUAGAGGAAAAGAAGUUAGCUCGAGAGGAGGCAAGAAAUGAUGAAAGAUUAACCAUGCACACUUUCCAUGAGAAGACUUCCCUUGUUGAAGUUUUGUCCAAGACUCACAAAAACAUGUCAAAGCACUACAGGCAGAUGCAGGCUAUACAAGAACAGGUGAAUUCUGCUAAAUCUGUUGAAAAGGAUCUUAAAGCAAUAAAAGUUAAACUUGGCGAUGAAGAAGUACUGGAGAAGUCACUUGAGGCCAAAUUGGUUGAAAUGCAAAGUAAAGUUGAGCAUAUGGAAGGGUUGAAGAAGCAGUUGGAGAAAGAAUGCAGUACCGUGACCGAGGAAGGAACUAAAUAUCUAAUCAGUAAAAAAUCAGAGGUGGAAUCAAAGAGAGUUGUCAUUGAAACUAGACAGAGAAAUGUUGAGGCUCUGCUAUCAAAGGUGGAUUCUGUAAAUAGUACAAUUACCUCAGUUAAAGAAUCUGUAGCAGUUAAUGUGGACCUGAUAGAUGGUAAAUCCAGAGAGAUAGUUGAAGAGUUUCACAGGUAUUCCAAUUCGAUUGCACGUGUGGUUGAAUCUGGGCUAAAGGGACCGACCAUUGAAGGAACUGGAUCUGACAAUUUAGGUUCUAAUAGAACCCAGCUGGAGAAGGAAGUGCCACAUGAGCAACUGAUUCAUCAUCAAGACAGUGGUCCUAAACCUUCGAGAGUUUAUUCUAGACGGAAGGGUAAAAGUGUCAUUGGUACUGGAUAGUUUGUUAGAAGGUUAUGAUGUGUUCAGGAGAGAGGUAGUUGGGAGCCUAUUACGCAGCAGCCGCCAAGCCAGAACUGAGACUUUCAGGGGAACCUGUUUGUGUGCCAUAUAAGGUCGGAAGGAACCGUCACAGUGACCGCGUCCACUGUGGUAAAAGAGAAUGAAAUGUACUUAACGUUUUUCUAUAAACUAAAAUGAUACACAAUUUGUUAGUUUAUGUUAUUAGUCAAUAAAACACAAUUUAUAUUCCCUCAUUUUCACGUGUUAAUAUAACCCUUGAGAAUUGCCCCUUUCUGUAAUUUGUCUCCAUCAAAAUUAAUCAUUCAAUAAAGCUCUUAUUUUCAUUCUGUUA